AUGAGGGAAGAAGAAACAGUGAAGCAGUAUGUAGAUAGAAUCAUGGUAAUGGUCAACAGUAUAAGGCUCCUAGGUGAGCACUUUGAUGAGGCAAGAAUAGUGGAGAAAGUUCUCUCUGCUUUUCCUAAGGGAUAUGAAGCAAAGAUAUCCUCCUUAGAGGACUCAAGAGAUCUUGCUAGUAUCUCUUUGACUGAGCUGAUCAACACCUUCUAUGCUCAGGAGCAAAGAAGAGCUAGUAGAGUUGAAGACCACCAGGAAGGUGUUUUUCAAGCCAAAGCCAAAGAAGCCUCGAGCACCAAUGCUCAGAAAGUUAAAAAGUUUUGGAAAAACAGGCCUAAACCUGAUGCUGUAAGAAGCAAUGACCAGCCUUGCAGACAUUGCAAAAGGCUAGGUCAUCCAGAGGAGAAAUGUUGGUUUAGACCAGAUGCUAUAUGCCAGCAUUGCAAGAAGAAAGGCCAUGUUGAAAGGCCAAAGGCUGAAGCUCGAGUGGCUAAAUACAACAGUGAUCAAGAGGAGCAAGUUUUUACUGUUUCCUGCUUAGUUACUGGAAGAAGUGUUCAAAAGGCUGGCUAUUGGACAGUGGCUGAUGCACUAAUAUGCACUCCUAUAGGCAACAAGGUCAUCUCGAAUGUGCUAUUGGUGCCUGAGAUUAACAGAAACCUUCUCAGCAUAGCUCAACUGCUAGAGAAAGGCUACUCAGUUGUGUUCAAAGACAAGCAGUGUCAGAUUGCUGAUCCAAGUGGAUCAAGCCUCAUGACAGUCACUAUGACUGACAAAUGCUUUGAGGUUCAUUGGCCAAAUAACUCAAAGUCAGCAUACACAGCCUCUGCUGAUGAUUCCAAGCUCUGGCAUCAAAGGCUUGGACAUGCCAACUUCAGAUCGAUGGCUCAAAUGGUCAGUGAAGGCUUGGCUGAAAACUUCACCAACUCAGUGAAGAAUGAUGAAGUUUGUCAAGACUGCCAUUUCCUACAAACACAGCAUGGAAAACCACUGAAAGACUGUAGCUGUUCAGCUCAGUUCCAAACCAUUUGCAAUGAUGCUGGCAUCAAACACCAGGUAACAAAUGUGUACACACCUCAGCAAAAUGGGGUCUCUGAAAGGAAGAAUAUAAGCCUGAUGGAUAUGGCCAGGUGCUUGCUGUUUGAGAAGAAACUGUUAAAAACCAUGUGGGCUGAGGUAGUAAACACUGCUGUUUACCUUCAGAAUAGGCUCUCAACUAAAGCUCUUGCUCAGAAGACACCUUUUGAGGCUUGGUUCGGAUUCAAACCUUCCCUGGCACAUCUGAAAGUAUUUGGUUGCCUGUGCUAUGCACAAAUACCAGCAGUGAAAAGGGAUAAGCUUUCAAAGAGAUCUCAGCCUGGCAUUCUAGAAUGCUGGAAUUGGGAGAAGAAUGAACUAGAAGCUGUUUCAGAAGAACUAGUGCCUAACCAAGCUGAACUUGAACAGAUUGGUCCUGAAAUGGACAUUGAUGAUGUGCCUGUGAGAGGCACAAGGUCCUUGGAUGAAGUUUAUGAGAGAGCACAGAUUGCUAUAGCAGAACCUACCAGUUUUGAAGAGGCUGAGGCAGAUGAAGGCUGGAAGCAGGCUAUGGUUGAUGAAAUCAACAUGAUUCGAAGAAGAACCAGACAUGGGAAUGGGAGUUUAAACAAGCUGAAAGCUAGGCUGGUUGUGAAGGGCUUUAGUCAAAGAUAUUGUCUGGACUACCUGGAAACAUUUGCUCCAGUAGCCAGACUUGAUACAAUCAGAUUGCUGGUUGCUCUAGCUGCUCAGAACCAGUGGACAAUUCACCAGAUGGAUGUGAAGUCUGUAUUUCUUAAUGGCUUCUUGGAAGAGGAGAUAUAUAUUGAGUAG